AUGAGUUUCCAAACUACUGACUCCAAAAAAGAAGAAUACAGAAAAUAUUUAGAGAAGAGUGGAGUUAUUGAUCAAUUAACCCGCGUUCUUGUAGGACUAUACGAAGAACCUGAAAAACCAUCAAAUGCCAUUGAGUAACUUUUACCUAGUUUUAUAAAGCGAUACCUGGGAACCCCCUCUGACAUUGAUACUGAAACUUUAAGAGCCGAAUAUGAAGCUUUAAAAGAAAGAAACGCUCAGCUUGAAAGAGAAGUGGAAGAACUUCGACAGGAACUAGAGAAUAUCAGGCCUAGUGAUUAA